AUGAAAUCAAGGGAGGCAGUUGAGGCAGUUAACAAAACAUGUGACAUGAGUGAUGGAUCAACGGUAGGAGACACUGCCCUUCAUCCACUCCUUCAUAUACAAGGAGAUCAAACCGGAGAAAGGGAUCAAAAAUUAAUAAUAACUGCAGAUCAUGAUGCAACGUCGCAUCAAGGAGCAGGGAACACAGUGAUUUUAUGGCAGAAGGAAGGACACCGACUUACAGAAAGUGGACCAAGGGGUCCAAAUACGGUAGUUGAUAUAAUAGAAGGAAGUGACGAGCACAAUCCAACAGAGGGUAACGGUGCAAGUCCGACGUGCAGCCAAGAUGAUCACAAUCAAAUUGCUUCCACGUUUACCAGAUCUUGUGCAAGGAAGGGAGAGAAUGAUAUUAACCCCCCUACUUCAGAAUUAGCUUCAGGUAAGUGCUUGUACAACAAAGAAAUGAGUGUCAUUCCUUCACUUUCAGGAAAUCAAUCGUUUGAGAUGGAAGUCCACCCGUUAGUGCGACGAAGAAGGAAUUCAGACACUGUAAUUUCAAUUGGAAAAAUAACCGUUUUGGCAUCGGAGGAAGCCAUGGAAAUGGGUGAAAAUGAUGGAAUCUCUGAUGAUGAUUCCAUCUCGAAAAUAUGGUUGUUUCAUGCUUCUGAUUUGAGCUGUGAAGUGCUUCUAGACCACAUCCAAUGUCUUCAUGUGAAGUUCAUUAUUCCAUGGUUGGAGAUCCCCUUGUUGGCUUCUUUUGUUUAUGCCAAAUGUACCAGGUCGGAAAGGUUAAUGCUGUGGGACUGCAUAAGAAGCUUGUCAGCUAAUAUCCAUACACCGUGGAUAGCAGAGGGUGAUUUUAAUGCCAUAGUUAACAAUGGGGAGCGAUUAAAUGGUGCAGUGCCGCAUGAUGGUUCUAUGGAAGAUUUCGCUAUAGCCUUACUCGAUUGUGGAUUAUUUGAUGGAGGGUAUGAAGGAAACCCAUUCACUUGGACCAACAACCGUAUGUUUCAAAGGUUAGAUAGAAUGGGGAAGCAACGCCGGCUAAAACAAUCACUGAAAAGGUGGAACAAGGAGGUAUUUGGAGACAUAUUCCACAAUUUAAAAGUGGCAGAACAAAGAGCGGCAGAGUGUGAAUUAAUUUUCCAACAGGAACAAUCAAUCGAGAAUCGGGCAACAAUGAACAAAGCAUAUGCUCAGCUUAACCAUUAUCUUAGUGCUGAAGAACUAUUCUGGAAGCAGAAAUCUGGUAUUAAAUGGCUUGUGGAGGGUGAGCGCAAUACUAAGUUUUUUCACAUGCGAGUCAAGAAGAAACGAAUCAAAAGCCAUAUAUUCAAGAUUCAAAAUUCAGAUGGCAGUUGGAUUAAAGAACCGAAUGUAGUUAAAUCAUCUCCAGUGGAAUUCUUUUCCUCUCUUAUGAAAAAGGAACCGUGUAAUAUGUCCAGGUUUGAUGCUUCAUUGAUACCUACUAUUAUUUCUGAUAACGAUAAUCUGAGUUUAUGUGCAGAGCCAUCCAAGGAAGAGCUGAAAGAGGCAGUUUUUAAUAUUGACAAGGAUAGUGUUGCUGGCCCUGAUGGAUUCUCUUCAUACUUCUACCAACAAUGUUGGGACAUUGUUGCAAAUGACCUCCUGGAAGCAGUUGUUGACUUUUUUCAUGGAGCUGACCUUCCAAGGGGAAUCACGUCCACAACAAUUGUGCUGCUGCCCAAGAAUCACAAUGCAUCGACAUGGAGUGAUUUCAGACCGAUAAGUCUUUGCAAUGUCUUGAAUAAAAUCAUUACUAAGAUCUUAGUUAAUCGUCUUGCAAAGGUGCUUCCUUCCGUCAUUACAGAUAAUCAGAGUGGCUUUGUAGGGGGGAGAUUGAUUAGCGACAACAUCCUACUUGCACAGGAACUAAUUGGGAAGAUUGAUCGAAAGUCAAGAGGUGGAAAUAUAGCUCUCAAGUUGGACAUGAUGAAGGCAUACGACCGACUUGAAUGGGAUUUCCUUUUCAGAAUGCUAGAGCAGCUAGGAUUUAAUUCUCAGUGGAUCAGCAUGAUUCGUCGUUGCAUAUCUAAUUGCUGGUUCUCCUUGCUGAUUAAUGGUGGUGCUGUGGGAUUUUUCAAGUCAGAAAGAGGACUCAGACAGGGCGACUCCAUUUCUCCUAUUUUGUUCAUCCUGGCUGCUGAUUAUUUAUCUCGAGGGUUAAAUGCAUUAUUUGCUCAAUAUCCAUCCCUGCACUAUGCUUCAGAUUGCUCCAUGUUAGUCAGCCACUUGGCAUUUGCAGAUGAUAUUCUUAUAUUCACUAAUGGUGCCAAAUCCUCUUUGCAGAAAAUUCUUUCGUUCUUGCAAGAAUAUGAGGAGAUUUCUAGACAGCGAAUAAACCACUCUAAAAGUUGCUUCAUCACUCAUCGGAAUGUGGCAAAUUCGCGCAAACAAAUAAUCUCUCAAGCCACAGGUUUCAUCCAUAAAUGCCUGCCUAUCACAUAUUUGGGGGUGCCACUUUAUAAAGGAUCGAAAAAGGUAAUGUUGUUUGAUGAUCUGGUGGAAAAGAUCCGGGAGCGCAUAGAAGGAUGGGACAAUAAAAUUCUAUCUCCGGGAGGGUUAAUUACCCUUUUACGGAGCGUUCUGUCUUCCUUACCUAUCUAUUUGCUCCAGGUCCUUAAGCCCCCUAUAUGUGUGAGUGAGAAAAUUGAAAGAAUGUUCAACAACUUCUUAUGGGGAGGCUCAGCAGGCACUAGACACAUUCAUUGGUGUGUGUGGCAUAAGAUCACACUUUCAGUCAGUGAGGGAGGAUUAGACAUCCAAAGCUUAGGAGAUGUGUUUGAGGCUUUUAGCAUGAAGCUCUGGUGGAGGUUUGUAUCCUGUAACAGCAUUUGGACGCGAUUUAUGCGGACUAAAUAUUGUACGGCCCAAAUUUCGAGGUACGUCCAGCCGAAACUCCAAGAUUCACAAACAUGGAAACGAAUGCUCGCCAGCUGUUCAACCGUAGAGAACUACAUUAGGUGGAGGAUUGGUAAGGGAGAGCUAUUAUUUUGGCAUGACUGUUGGAUGGGUGAUACACCCUUGGUCAAUCGUUUUCCAGUAUUUGCAUCAUCGAUGACAAGAGUUUCCCAUUUUUACGAUGAUGGUACAUGGAACGUGGAUAAGCUAAACAAUGUACUGCCAGAGGACGUGGUUGUGGAAAUUCUAAACAUUUCGAUUGAUCCUCUUAAUGAUGAUAGGGCGUUUUGGGUACCUACCUCUGAUGGGCAAUUCACUACUAAGUCCGCUUGGGAGAUAGUUCGUCAACGUCAGUUGAGGAGUCUCUCUUGCAUGUCAUGUGGGAAUGCCCAAUUGCCGUACAGGAACGAUGCGAAACAUAGGAACCUUGGUAUGUAUCCUAACAGAGUGGUGUGGAGAGUACUCAAGCUCAUCCACCAACUAUUCCAUGGGAGACAAUUCCAGAAGUGGCAAUGGAGGAGAGAUCUUCAGAUUGCUCAAACAUGGGGUCUAAUAUUUCAGCAGGCAGUUCCAUAUCCACCAAGAAUAUUCUCUUGGCGAAAACCAUCAACAGGUGAGUUUAAGCUGAAUGUUGAUGGUAGUUCAAAGCACAAUUUUCAGAAUGCUGCUGGGGGAGGACUUCUUCGCGAUCAGACUGGUACUUUGAUCUUUGGCUUCUCCGAAAACUUUGGAUCGUGUGAUUCUUUACAAGCAGAAUUGAUGGCUCUACACAGGGGUCUAUUGUUGUGUACUGAAUAUCGUGUUUCUAGACUUUGGAUAGAAAUGGAUGCGAAAGUAGUGGUUCACAUGAUUAAUGAGAAUCAUCAGGGAUCUUCUAGGACUCGGUACUUGCUUGCUUCUAUUCGUAGAUCCUUAAGAAGUAUCUCUUUUAGGAUUUCGCACAUUCAUAGAGAGGGAAACCAGGCAGCAGACCACCUCGCGAAUCAGGGGCAUACACACCAAAAUUUGAAGGUAUUCUCACAAGCAGAAGAUCAGCUCAGAGGUAUUCUCAGAUUAGACAGAAUUAAUUUACCUUAUGUUCGUUUUUAA